CAAGAACAAGUAUCAAUUUGCAGCAAGAGUCAGAAAGACCUGUAAUAGCAGUAAUUAUAGCAACAAAUCAAACUGAUGAAAGCAUUGCUAUGUCUCAAAGUGAAGAAAAUACAGCAACUAUACCUCAAAAUGAUAAUAAUAUUGUAGAAACAAAU